AUGACCGCGCUCCAGCGCGUUGCGGCGUUUCGGCGUGGGCCAGGCGGCCUGACCGACGCUCAGUUCGCGCUCGCCAUCGUCGUCGGCGUCCUGCUCUUCCAUGUGAUCAUCAUCAUCGUGCCGCUGGCCUAUUCCUUCUGGCUCAGCCUGCACGAGACCAACGUCAUCCUGCGCUCGAGCGAAUAUGUCGGGCUCGACCUCUGGGCGGAGGUGCUGUUCGAGGAGGAGACCCAGACGGCGACGCUCAAGAGCCUCUACUUCGCCGGCGUCUCGGUGGUUCUCUCGCUCGUCCUCUCUCUCGGCAUGGCGCUCGUUCUCAACCAGGAGUUUCCCGGCAGGGGCAUCCUCAGGGCGCUGAUCCUGCUGCCUUGGGCCGUCUCCGAGGUCGUCACCGCCACCAUGUGGACCGUGAUGCUGGAGCCUGCCUGGGGCUUCUUCAACGGCGCGUUGGGGCCGCUCGGGAUCGUGGACCAGGGGCAUGUCUGGCUCAACAAGGACUGGGCUCUGUUCUGGCUCGCGGUCGCCUUCACCUGGCAUAUCGCUCCGCUCGGCACGUUCUUCUUCCUCGCUGCGCUGCAGACGAUCCCGCAGGACCUUUACAACGCCGCGCGGAUCGACCGGCCGGAGUCAUCUCGCGCUUCUAUCACGUGA